CCGUCGCCGGCGAGUGGUCACAUGAUGCCCCUCCCUGCUCCCCGCCGCUUCGGUCAUGUGACCGUCUGGGAAGUCAGGGGCGGAAGCCGGGCUCUGACCGGUUCCAGGUCCGGGACUGGGGAUAGAAGAGGACUGCCGCCGUGAGGGAGAGGUGGAACCUGGGUGCCGACUCCGCGCGCAACCUCCUGCCCUGCGCGUGCGCCGCUGGCGCGGCCCGGCUGACAGGUUCUUUAAUGGAGCAGCCAAUCUCUCUGCACACCUGGUUUCAUCUAAUAAUCUACAGACACCAGCUCUAAGGCCAGUUAAUCAUCCCCAGUGUCCAUGCACAGAAUAGUCGGUCCUCCUCACAAUGUUGGACUUUCUAGCCGAGAACAACCUCUGUGGCCAAGCAAUCCUAAGGAUUGUUUCCUGUGGUAAUGCCAUCAUUGCUGAACUUUUGAGGCUCUCUGAGUUUAUUCCUGCUGUGUUCAGGUUAAAAGACAGAGCUGAUCAACAGAAAUAUGGAGAUAUCAUAUUUGAUUUCAGCUAUUUUAAGGGUCCGGAAUUAUGGGAAAGCAAACUGGACUGUAAGCCAGAGCUACAGGAUUUAGAUGAAGAAUUUCGUGAAAACAACAUAGAAAUUGUGACCAGAUUUUAUUUAGCAUUUCAAAGUGUGCAUAAAUAUAUUGUAGACUUAAACAGAUAUCUAGAUGAUCUCAAUGAAGGGGUUUAUAUUCAGCAAACCUUAGAAACUGUGCUUCUCAAUGAAGAUGGAAAACAACUUCUGUGUGAAGCACUGUACUUAUAUGGAGUUAUGCUACUGGUCAUUGACCAAAAGAUUGAAGGAGAAGUCAGAGAGAGGAUGCUGGUUUCUUACUACCGAUACAGUGCUGCUCGAUCUUCUGCUGAUUCAAAUAUGGACGAUAUUUGUAAGCUGCUUCGAAGUACAGGUUAUUCUAGCCAACCAGGUGCCAAAAGACCACCCAACUAUCCCGAGAGCUAUUUCCAGAGAGUGCCUAUCAACGAAUCCUUCAUCAGUAUGGUCAUUGGUCGACUGAGAUCUGAUGAUAUUUACAACCAGGUCUCAGCGUAUCCUUUGCCGGAGCAUCGCAGCACAGCCCUGGCAAACCAAGCUGCCAUGCUGUACGUGAUUCUCUACUUUGAGCCUUCCAUUCUUCACACCCAUCAAGCAAAAAUGAGAGAGAUAGUGGAUAAAUACUUUCCAGAUAAUUGGGUAAUUAGUAUUUACAUGGGAAUCACAGUUAAUCUAGUAGAUGCUUGGGAACCUUACAAAGCUGCAAAAACUGCUUUAAAUAAUACCCUGGACCUUUCAAAUGUCAGAGAACAGGCAAGCAGAUAUGCUACUGUCAGUGAAAGAGUGCAUGCUCAAGUGCAGCAGUUUCUAAAAGAAGGUUAUUUAAGGGAGGAGAUGGUUCUGGACAAUAUCCCAAAGCUUCUGAACUGCCUGAGAGACUGCAAUGUUGCCAUCCGAUGGCUGAUGCUUCAUACAGCAGACUCAGUAAGUAAAUCUUUUCUGUCUCUUCAACAGAUGUUCAAGCAAAUGCUUUCAGAAAAGCAAACCAAAUGGGAGCAUUACAAGAAAGAGGGUUCGGAGCGGAUGACUGAGCUUGCUGAUGUCUUUUCGGGAGUGAAACCCCUGACCAGAGUGGAGAAAAAUGAAAACCUUCAAGCUUGGUUCAGGGAGAUCUCAAAACAAAUAUUGUCUUUAAAUUACGAUGAUUCUACUGCUGCGGGCAGAAAAACUGUGCAACUGAUACAAGCUUUGGAGGAGGUUCAAGAAUUCCACCAGUUGGAAUCCAAUCUACAAGUAUGUCAGUUUCUUGCCGAUACUCGAAAGUUUCUUCAUCAAAUGAUCAGAACCAUUAACAUUAAAGAGGAGGUUCUGAUCACGAUGCAGAUCGUUGGGGACCUUUCUUUUGCUUGGCAGUUGAUUGACAGUUUCACAUCUAUCAUGCAAGAAAGCAUAAGGGUAAAUCCAUCCAUGGUUACUAAACUCAGAGCUACCUUCCUAAAGCUUGCCUCUGCCCUGGAUCUGCCCCUUCUUCGUAUUAAUCAGGCAAAUAGCCCGGAUCUGCUCAGUGUGUCGCAGUACUAUUCUGGAGAGUUGGUAUCCUAUGUGAGAAAAGUUUUGCAGAUCAUCCCAGAAAGCAUGUUUACAUCUCUUCUAAAGAUCAUAAAGCUUCAGACUCACGACAUUAUUGAAGUGCCUACCCGCCUGGACAAAGACAAGCUGAGGGACUAUGCUCAGCUGGGCCCACGAUACGAGGUUGCCAAGCUUACUCAUGCUAUUUCCAUUUUUACCGAAGGCAUCUUAAUGAUGAAAACGACUUUGGUUGGCAUCAUCAAGGUGGAUCCAAAGCAGUUGCUGGAAGAUGGAAUAAGGAAAGAGCUUGUGAAGCGCGUUGCCUUUGCCCUGCACAGGGGACUGAUAUUCAACCCUCGAGCCAAGGUACCCAGGGACCAGAAUGGAAUGACAUGUCACAUAGACCAGCUGAACACUUGGUAUGAUAUGAAAACUCAUCAGGAAGUGACCAGCAGCCGCCUCUUCUCAGAAAUCCAGACCACCUUGGGGACCUUUGGUCUAAAUGGCUUAGACAGGCUUCUGUGCUUUAUGAUUGUAAAAGAGUUACAGAAUUUCCUCAGUAUGUUUCAGAAAAUUAUCCUGAGAGACAGAACUGUUCAGGACACUUUAAAAACCCUCAUGAAUGCUGUCAGUCCCCUAAAAAGUAUUGUAGCGAAUUCAAAUAAAAUUUAUUUUUCCGCCAUUGCCAAAACACAGAAGAUUUGGACUGCGUAUCUCGAGGCUAUAAUGAAGGUUGGACAGAUGCAGAUUCUGAGACAACAGAUUGCCAAUGAAUUAAAUUAUUCUUGUCGGUUUGACUCUAAACAUCUGGCAGCUGCUCUGGAGAAUCUCAAUAAGGCUCUCCUAGCAGACAUUGAAGCCCACUAUCAGGACCCUUCACUUCCUUAUCCCAAAGAAGAUAACACACUUUUAUAUGAAAUCACAGCCUAUCUGGAGGCAGCUGGCAUUCACAACCCACUGAAUAAGAUAUACAUAACAACAAAGCGCUUACCCUAUUUUCCAAUUGUCAACUUUCUAUUUUUGAUCGCUCAGUUGCCAAAACUUCAGUACAACAAAAAUCUAGGAAUGGUCUGCCGAAAACCGACCGACCCAGUUGAUUGGCCGCCACUUGUCCUGGGACUGCUCACUCUGCUGAAGCAGUUCCAUUCCCGGUACACCGAGCAGUUCCUGGCGCUGAUCGGCCAGUUUAUCUGCUCCACGGUGGAGCAGUGUACAAGCCAGAAGAUACCUGAGAUUCCUGCAGAUGUUGUAGGAGCCCUUCUGUUCCUGGAGGAUUAUGUUCGGUACACAAAGCUACCCAGGAGGGUUGCUGAAGCACAUGUGCCUAAUUUCAUUUUUGAUGAGUUCAGAACAGUGCUAUAACUGUUUUUUCCUACUUCUUCAAUGGAAGGAUUGUCCUUAGAUCUUCCCAUCAUCACUAAAAUGAAUUUGAAAAUGAAAAGAAACUCAGUUGUUCAUAUAACUGCAUUUUUUGCUCUCCAUUAUGGGAAACUUCAGACGUUCUGGGUAAGAUAUAUCUCAUGGCAUUAGUUAAUAUAACUGAUAGUGUUUAAAUCAUGGUAUUACAUGCAAUUUAUAUCAUGUAAAAAGCAGAACACAUUUUUGUACUGCCUCUCAUAAAUGCCGAAUGUAACUGUUAUGUAUCAAUCCAUUUAGUUUUAUGUUCUAAAGAACUAUUUGUGCAACUCCAGAUUUUCAGUAAAAUAGUAUUGCCAGUA